CAAUUUGCAAGUGAGAUAAAGCAUAAGAAAAACAAAAAAGAUAUGAAGAAGGAAAGAAAAAGAGGGGAGUCUAAAUGUGGAUCCUUGAGAUAAAGAGAGGUCCAUAACAAACCCUAGAUUUUUUUCUUUCUUUCACAAAAGAAACCCCUUUCAAGCAACUUCCAUCUUUCCUCUUGCUUUCGUAUUUGGAUACAAAGGGUUCCAUUAAAAACACAACCUUUGUACUUCGAAAGAAAAUGCCAAGUUAAAAGAGAAAUAUUGGAAGAGAAACAAAAUUUUUGAGGGGUCUUGUUAAUAGUUUUGAGGUAUUUUUGAUUGAUUCUUGUUGAGGGUAAUAACUAAAGGGAGAGGUUAAAGAUGAUGUCAAGGUCGUAUACCAAUCUUUUAGAUCUAGCAUCUGGUAAUUUCCCCGUAAUGGGUCAGCCUCGUGAAAAGAAACGACUGCCACGAGUAAUGACCGUUCCGGGGGUUAUUUCAGAGCUAGACGAUGAUCAAGCUAACAGUGUGGCCUCAGAUGUGCAGUCUUCGGUUCUUCAGGACAGAAUUAUUAUCGUAGCUAAUCAACUACCAGUUAAAGCUAAGCGUAGACCAGAUAAUAAAGGGUGGAGUUUUAGUUGGGAUGACGAUUCGUUGUUAUUACAAUUAAAAGAUGGCUUGCCCGAGGAAAUGGAGGUUUUGUAUGUUGGUUCUUUGAAGGUUGAUGUUGAUUCCUAUGAACAAGAUGACGUGUCACAGCUUUUGUUAGAUAGGUUUAAGUGUGUCCCUGCAUUUCUUCCACCUGACAUUUUGUCCAAGUUCUAUCACGGUUUUUGUAAACAGCAGUUGUGGCCACUAUUCCAUUAUAUGCUUCCAUUUUCAGCAAAUCAUGGAGGCAGAUUUGAUAGGUCUUUGUGGGAGGCAUAUGUUGCCGCAAACAAGCUUUUCUCUCAAAGGGUUAUUGAAGUUAUAAACCCAGAAGAUGAUUAUGUUUGGAUCCAUGACUAUCAUUUGAUGGUGCUGCCUACAUUCUUGAGGAGAAGGUUUAAUAGAUUGAGAAUGGGGUUUUUUCUUCACAGUCCGUUCCCUUCAUCUGAGAUAUAUAGGACUUUACCUGUGAGGGAAGAGAUCCUAAAGGCACUCUUGAAUUCAGAUCUAAUUGGUUUUCAUACUUUUGAUUAUGCUCGGCAUUUUCUGUCUUGUUGCAGUCGAAUGCUAGGUUUAGAAUAUCAGUCAAAGAGGGGUUACAUUGGGCUGGAGUACUAUGGAAGGACAAUUGGGAUAAAGAUCAUGCCUGUCGGAAUCCACAUGGCGCAGUUUGUGUCUGUCCUGAGACAUGCAGAUAAGGAGUGGAGAGUAGGAGAACUUAAACAACAGUUUGAGGGAAAGACUGUACUGCUUGGAGUUGACGAUAUGGAUGUAUUUAAAGGUGUCAAGUUGAAGUUGUUGGCAAUGGAGCAGAUGCUGAAACAACACCCCAAGUGGCAGGGGAGAGCAGUUCUGGUACAGAUUGCAAACCCUGCUAGGGGAAGAGGGAAAGAUCUUGAGGAGGUACAAGCAGAAAUCCAGGAAAGCUGCAAGAGAAUUAAUGAGACUUUUGGUCAACCUGGUUAUGAACCCAUUGUCUUCAUUGAUAGGCCUGUAUCCCUGAGUGAAAGGGUUGCUUACUACAGUGUAGCUGAGUGCGUUGUAGUCACAGCUGUGAGGGACGGGAUGAAUCUCACUCCUUAUGAAUACAUUGUGUGUCAGCAGGGCAUAUCUGAUUCAGAGCCUUCCUCAGAAUCAAGUGGGCCCAAGAAGAGCAUGCUAGUUGUAUCAGAAUUCAUUGGUUGCUCUCCUUCACUCAGUGGUGCAAUUCGGGUAAAUCCUUGGAAUAUUGAAGCAAGUGCUGAAGCAAUGAAUGAGGCAAUCUCUAUGGCUGAUGCUGAGAAACAGCUUCGUCAUGAGAAACAUUAUAGGUAUGUUAGCUCACACGAUGUGGCAUUCUGGUCUCGAAGCUUCUUCCAAGAUAUGGAAAGGACAUGUAAAGACCAUUUCAGAAGACGCUGUUGGGGAAUCGGUUUGAGCUUUGGAUUCAGAGUUGUAGCUCUUGAUCCUAACUUCAGAAAGUUGUCUAUCGAUCACAUUGUAUCUGUGUAUCUGAGGUCUAAAAACAGGGCUAUACUAUUGGACUAUGAUGGAACAGUAAUGCCUCAAACAUCACACAACAAGACUCCAAGUGCAGAGGUUAUCUCCAUCAUAAACACACUCUCUGGUGAUGCCAAGAAUACUGUCUUUGUUGUUAGUGGAAGAGGAAGAGAAAGUUUAGCCAAAUGGUUUUCUUCAUGUAAAAAACUUGGAAUUGCUGCUGAACAUGGUUAUUUCAUGAGGUGGUCCGCUGCUGAUGAUUGGGAAGUUUGUGGGCAGAAUAGUGAAUUUGGGUGGAAGGAGAUAGCUGAGCCUGUAAUGCAAUUGUAUACAGAGGCCACCGAUGGCUCCACUAUUGAAACCAAGGAGAGUGCUUUGGUCUGGCACCAUAGCGAUGCAGACCCUGGUUUUGGAUCUAGCCAGGCCAAGGAGAUGUUGGACCAUCUUGAGAGCGUAUUAGCCAAUGAACCUGUGACUGUGAAAAGUGGCCAGUUUAUUGUCGAAGUGAAACCACAGGGAGUCAGUAAAGGUGUGGUUGCCGAAAAGAUCUUCACAACCAUGGCUGAGAGUGGAAAGCAGGCUGAUUUUGUUCUCUGCAUUGGUGACGACAGAUCUGAUGAGGAUAUGUUUGAGGUCAUCAGUAGUGCGAUUUCCAGUGGUGUUCUCUCCCCGAAUACAUCGGUUUUUGCCUGCACAGUUGGUCAGAAACCUAGCAAAGCCAAGUAUUAUUUGGAUGACCCAGCUGAGGUUGUAAACAUGCUCGAAUCUCUUGCAGAAGUUUCAGAUCCUGAACCCUCCUCAGAUACCAGAUCAGAACGCUCCCUUUGAAAUAUCCUCCAUGGAUUUAUAUAAAAUUUUGUGCUUGUUAUUCUUUCAGCCAGUUGGGAAGAAUGGCCAUGCCUGUCCGAUGAAAAGUGGCAUUCCAGGGCGUAGUGUCUGAUCAUUUGGCCGUUGGCGGCAUAGAUAUUGGAAACUUUCUUCACAUGAAGUUUGAAAAGGAAGUGUUAAAACUCAUGGAAAAGAUGAGGCUGAAAAUAAAAGCAUGAGAAAUGUUACCAAGCUUUCCUUUGUGACAAUUGCAGUACAGCCAGAAAGGAUCAAACUCCUCCAGCUGAUGGAACAGGUCUCAACUGAUUGAAAGUCAUCCCGUUGAGAACUACUUUGAAUUUUUAACGAGUCAAAACGAGUUAUUUGAUAUUCGACUCGAAAAUACACAAG